AUGGACACAAUCGACCAAACCAUACUUCGCGACAAGACUUCGUUCCCUUCCACCCUCAGAGUCCGGCAUACCUCCCAGGUGCGUGCAGGAGACGCCUGUCGCCAUCUCGCAUCGGGAGGCCCAAUUGGUAUCGCAUAUCACAUCGACAGCCAAGGACAAAUCGACUUCAUAGCCCUCUCGAAUCUCAGCCUCGCCUUCGUCAUACAUUUCGACAGCCCCCACCACAACACGCCGCAUGGCAGCGCCGAAUUCGCCUAUGUACUUCAAUCUGGAAGUGAAGAGCCAGGGACAGACGAUGUGGAUAUCUGCCUUGUCGGAUUUUCGCUAUCGCGAACAGCCAUCCAGGUCAACAGCGUUACGCAACGACACGUACGAGGCGUGGACCUGUCGACCCUGUUCUGCGCGAACGCCAGAGAGCCAUGGUCGCCUGCGAGAAUUGUCAGGGAGCGGGUGUCUUCAAACGCAGACUCAUGGGACAUUGCGCGUCUGUGGCUCGGGGAAGAGUCUACCGCUCAGAAGGACGUUUGUCUGCAAGCCUGGCUCGCUACAUGUGUCGCCAGCAAGUGUCCCCGUGAAAUAAUGGCAGCAAUAAAAGUCAGCACACGCUUCCUGAGCAAAUCCGAACUUGCUUGUUUGGCGGACCUGGUAGCGCAGUCCGAUCUUUUAGAUUACUACAAGCCGAAAGAGGUCGUCAACGACUUCAGUUCAGGAGGAUACAACAAGGAAGGAAAGUUUGAAGUCCACAACGAACGAUACAAGACGAGAGUACGCCCGAGUGAACUGACCCGUGUAAUCAUGACCGAUGAACAUGGCCGUGAAUAUACUGGGAACGCUAAAGGAGCCAAAGGGAAACGGACCACUAUCAGAAUGCAUGACAAAAGCCGAAAUAUCGGGGCAUUAUCUACAGUGAAAGUUCUCGGACGCCAAGAACCUACCAACCCCGAGAAAGCCCGCGACGAGCUCCUGUUCCUCCUUUUAACAUCCAGAAAAGAUCUUCGCAACUCGGCUUUCGUACGCAGCCUCUGGUUUCCGUCCUGGAAGGACAUGCACGAGCCCCCAGAUACGGUUGAUGAAGUCUACGCCGGCUCGGCUAUGGUUGGCGAGAGAUCCGUGGUCGUGGCUCAUGGUCCUCCCGGAACUGGUAAAACGACAACGAUAGCUGCAGCAUCGCGCAUCUGGGACCUCUGUCGUUUUCCGGUAUGGAUCGUUGCUCAUUCAAACGUUGCCGUGAAGAACAUCGCCGAAACUUUGUUCAAGAAGGACGUCGAUUUCAAGCUUGUUGUCUCCAAGGAAUUCUACGUUGAGUGGCAUGAACAUCUUUAUUCGGAGAUUCAGGAGAAAGUUAGGCGCUCUGAUGAGCUACCAACAGACAAAGUCGCGAUGGAGCGCGAAUUAGGCGGGUCCCAGAUUGUAUUGUCCACGUUGAGUAUGAUUUCGAACCCCGCCUUACACGACAACGGGACCUUCGACAUUAUCCCUGUCAAACGCCUGGUCAUCGAUGAGGCAUCUCAAAUCAACAUCUUUGAAUUCAUGCAUAUACUUGUUCGGUUUCAGUCCAGCCUUCAGAAAGUCUGUUUCUUCGGGGAUCCUCAGCAGCUGCCCCCUUUCGGGCAGGAUAAAGUUUCGAGGAUGAAAACCAUCUUCGAUUUGCAACACAUCUCGUGCUUGAAUCAAGACCUUUUUUUGGACACGCAAUACCGUAUGCCUGUUCCAAUUGGAGCCUUCAUCUCGAAAGCUGUCUAUAAAGGACGGUUGCUUUCUCAGCACCUGAUUACGCACCCAUCAUGUCUCGCUUUCAUCGAUGUUUCCACUCCUCAAGGGUUCGAAGAACGAGCUGGUACCAGCUGGCGGAAUCCAGGCGAGGUUCAAACAAUGGUGCACCUCGUGCGAACAUACUACAAAUCGACACAUUUUUGCAUCAUUACACCAUACGACGCACAGCGUGCUGCGAUACAGAGGGUGCUACAAAAUGAGAGCCUACCUUGGGAUUCUGUUUACAAUCUCGACAGCUUCCAAGGCAACGAAGCCGACUUCGUCCUGGUAUCGGUCGUCCGCUCCUCUCAACCUGGCUUCCUCGUUUCCCUUCAGAGGAUGAAUGUCCUAUUGACGCGAUGCAGGAAGGGUUUAAUCGUUGUCACGAAUCGUGGAUUCAUUGAAUACGGCGGGUCCGGGACGCUGCUCGGAUUAUUGGCGCGACACUGGCUAUCCGCCUAUAACGAAACCUCGUGGAUAGAUUGGCGGACUGUUGCAGAUGCUACAGCCAAUCUUCCUGGUGCCCCGGCGCGGCCUCGUCAGAAAGUGGAUACCUUGAGACCGUUUUCUGUCCCUGGAUCGGCCUUCUCUAAGGCUUCUUGUGCGAGCAAUUCUGUCCCGCCUUUGAGAACCAAUCUCACUCCAAAAUCCCCCAAUCUCCAAAAUAUGCAGGCAUUUCCACCUCUGUGGCAGAAAAAGACACCCAUCCUUCCAGGCUCGUGGAAGACUUCCGACCUUUCACCGUUUUCUUACGCUUUUAUCGCUCAAGCACCACGUGGUUGGCCGACCAGGAUCAGUGCAAGGUCGAUUCCCGACCCAACGCCGUAUGCAAACGUCGAAGCCGAUUACUGGGAGGAUGAUACAGAGAAACCAUCUUUGUCCGCUACCGUUCCAAGGCAAAAGGACGGAGGCACGAUCUGGGGUGCUCGUUCAAACGAAAUGCAGAAAACUCCUGGAGAUGGGACAAUGUCGACACACAAAUACCACCCCCACUCUCUCUUGAACAAGAGAGCGGUACCCAAGAAGGAAGUUGAGAAGCCCAAGCUCAAAUCCGCUCACAAGCCGGUGAAAUCAUUAGACACAUGGAAGUCCGGUCCAGCUGUGGCGCAUCCUAGCAAUGUAUCCUCCCCUGCGAGGACCUCGGCGCCCUCCACCAGCGUCAAGAGUUCCAAGACCAAGAUCGUAGAGACUCAGCAACCCAGCAAGCCUCUGGGAUUCAUAAGGAGCUUUGUUAAAUAUUCUUGA